AUGACAAGGAUAUCCGGAACUUGGACAUGGUGGUCUACCCUGAUUUUGUUACUACUGCGGUUUACCCACGGUGAAGACGAUAUGGACACGUUAAAUAUCACCUCUUUCACGGAUGCUCCACUGACGACCACAACAAUAUCAGGCCCCGUUUCUGCUGAUAAGCUAGGAGUUCCUCGAUGUGAAUCAAACUAUGACUGUGUUCAUAAUGGGCUGUGUCGUAAGGAUACCGAUGGCUAUGGUAGAUGUCUUUGUCCAAGAAGUUGUCCACCAUACAUCCCAAUGGACUGCAUGAAGCAGGGUACUUCUUCAUAUUAUCGUCUCCGGCAGAGGUAUCGGCAUGAGUUACCAUGCGGGGUGAUGGACACUAGUUAUACGAAGAAGUACGAUCUACCUAGUCCUCAAUGUCAUCUGGGUCGUUGCUCAUGCCCACCGAUGUUCGAUAACUGGAGAACCAGCGACUCACCGGUAUUAAAUCUGCUGCCAACCAAAUGUGACAGACGAGAACUGGCUGUUCUGGGUAUAGCAUACCCGUCGGAUGCAGUGUACAAAGGCACAGAUGUAAUUCUUUAUUGCUGCGUGAAUAUGGAUCCUCAGGGACUGAUUGAUGUGGCAGGGGUACUGUUUGUGCAGAACACCACCGUUGUGCGCGAACCUACAAACCAUCCAUUUCACCAUAUGACUGAAUUCGAGAAGAUGAACACACCGUACUGUUGGGAGCUGGAAAUUCGAAACGUACAGCUAUCUGACAGUGGAUCGUAUAUGUGUCAUGUCAACGCGAAUCAACAACCGUCUGUCAACUACACGAUAGAAUUUCAAGUGAAAGAACGUGAAAGGCGUCAUCAUCCUUUCUCAAAAAGAUCGAAAAAGGUUAUGAGACCACCGAAUGCACCAAGAACAAUCCAGAAUCUUACAAUUGUUACUAGUGACAACUCCGCGAAUGUUAGUUGGGAUGUGCAGCAAGGACCGCAGCUUAAGAUUGGCUUGAGACUUGUACGGCGGACUGGAUUAAAUGGACAGGAGGUAUUUUCGCAGACGAAUGCCAUUUCUCCUGUGACCAUUAAUAACCUUCGUGCGGCAACACCGUACAAGCUCUUCGUCACCGUAAACGAUAGUCAGACAGAUCCAUUUGAAAUAACUGAGCUUUUCAAUACUGCUGAAAGUAAGCCUCAUCCGCCUAAAUUCGAAGAUGUGCGUGUGCUAAACUCAGGAUCGUCAUUGAUUUGUGAAGUGGAGUGGAGGGCACCUGCUUUAACCAAUGGGCGCAUUAGCCGUUACUAUGUCAGAGUACAGGGAGCCGUUCGCCGAAUGCGCCCAGGAGGUCCUUUGGUUGCUGAUGAUUUUCCGCCACCCACCGAUGAGGAGAAAUGUGCUAACUGGGAUGAAAGAGAAGACUCAUCUCAUGGAAUCAAUCCAAUUGAGUUCACCACAGAGUUCCUCUCCUGCAAAUACGGACCGUUGAAGCCGAAUCGGAACUAUACAAUCACUGUCUGGGCUGAGAAUUCAGCUGGGCGCUCGUCGCCUUUGGUGUUUCCUAAGCACUGUAUCACUAAUUACGCUCAGCCUGAUGUGGUUGAAAAACCAAUAACAUCCACAAACUCCAACCACACCUCGUUCAAUCUGGCUUUUAACGCUAAACCUGAUGACACCAAUGGGCCUAUUAGUUGUUACUAUAUUGGGAUUGUGCCACUUCUGAAAAACGUUUCGUUGGAAACGCUUCCACCGCCACAAGAAAUAGUUAUGGACACUGUUUCGAAGGCUUUCAACAACAAUCUACAUCCCCUAGCAGCUGAAAAGAAAAGAUUUUUUGCGUAUAUUGCUGAAAGUUACACUGAGUACCCCGUAGAUACAGUGAUCGGAGAUGGAAGAGGCGUAGCGGGGAUGAAACCUUGCAGCGUUUUGUAUCUCAGCCGUUAUAAAGCGGAAGAUGUUGUUUUGCGACCUGGGUUGAAGUACACCGGUUUCUUGAUUGUGAGAGUUGAUAAAGACGACAAAGAGGAAGUGCAAGGAGGGGCACAAUAUGGUCGAGUCUUGGAUCCAUUGAGACCGCGAUCCUAUCGCCAACUUCAUCUUAGCGGACCUGCGUAUGGCUUCAGCGGUUAUUUCAAGCCAGUAUUUCUUGAACCAGAGGACGAAGGAAGCGUGCUUGGAACGUUCUUCACCGUCUUGGUUCCGCUGUUGGUGUUCUUAACAAUGGCCUCGGUGAUGGCUCUGUUUGUUCUGCAUAAACGUGGAGAGGUCUCGCAGUGGUGUCACUGGUUGUGGAUGUCCAAAGAAUCUUCAGUUGGAGCUGAACGAACGCUUCUCAGGCCCUCGUCCUACCAUGCUAUUGCAGUUGACGACCUACCCUCUGAAUACCUCAUGAGACACCGUGACUCUGACUUUCUUUUUGCUCAAGAAUACGAGGCCCUUCCACAUUAUAAACUUGACGCUGUGGCUAGUGCUAAAAAAGAGAAUGCUUGCAAGAAUCGGUAUAACGAUAUUCGUGCCUUCGAUGCUACUCGCGUGAAACUGCGCGUAAUAAAUGAGGAUGAAAAUUCAGACUACAUCAAUGCGAACUUCGUCAAAGGUUGGGAUGAAAGAAAAACAUUUAUUGCUGCGCAAGCCCCACUCGAUACGACAAUCUCGGACUUUUGGAGGAUGAUCUGGGAACAAGACGCCAGACUUGUAGUUAUGGUUGCCAAUUUAUUUGAGAAGAACCGGCAACAGUGUACAAAAUACUGGCCUGACGAUCAGCCAACAAGGUAUGGGGAUCUUUUGAUAAGUCCGCGAGAAGCGUCCUACUUCGCUGACUAUGCCGUUCGAUGCUUCGAUGUGGAACCAGUAAAUGAGCGAUUCAAUAGGAUGUCACCCGGGGCUAGAUCCGAUGUCGGAUCAAUUGAAUCAACACCUGGUUCGGAAUAUGCGAAUGUGCCAUCAAUGCGACAUUCUAAUGGCCACGCUGAAACUUCGUUUGUCGGUUCUGGAAAUGCUCGUCGUGUGGUACAGUAUCAUUUCACCAAUUGGAAUGACUACAAAGCACCUGAAUGCUCUACAGGGCUCUUACGAUUCGUUAACCGACUUCGUGAAUUGCCAGAGUUCAACGAAUACCCUGUUGUUAUACACUGCAGUGCUGGAGUUGGGCGAACUGGAACUUUCAUUGCAAUUGAUAGUAUGCUCGAUCAAUGUGCUGCUCAAGCAAAAGCAGACAUCUUCAACUUUGUUGCUGGUCUGCGGAGGCAACGCAAUCUUAUGGUGCAAUCACAGGAACAGUAUGUGUUCAUUUAUAAAGCGCUUGCUGAAUGGCAUCUAUUCGGCUAUACGGAUAUGGACGUAGAACAGCUCAAAGAGCAUUAUCAAACAUUGAUCGAUCCGGGAAUGAGGAACCGAGUUUCUUCAUUUAACGGCGGCACGAAGCUUGUCGCUCGUUCCGACGCUGCACCUACGUCAGGCAUGGAAGCAGAGUUUCUGAAACUCGAACGAACUCUGGAAACACCAGCGAAGAGUUCAUUCGCAGCGAAAGAAGACAACGUGAUGAAAAAUCGCUUUGAUUCAGCGGUACCAUAUGAUCGUAAUCGCAUAGUGCUAAGGGCCUCAAUAGGGUAUGCCGAUACCACAUACAUCAAUGCCAGCUCUCUUAAGGGGUAUUUCUACCCAUAUGUGCUGGCUCAAGAUCCUGUCAGUGAAAAUACUGUUUUUGAUUUUUGGCGUAUGAUCUCGGAAUUAAAUGUCACAACAUUAGUAAUGCUUUCAAACGAGGAAGACUGGAGUCCUUCCGAGAAGUACUGGCCAAGUGAGCUCCACAGUACUGCCGUUUACGAGCGUCCUCCAUAUCACGUGACAGUACAGCUUAAUGGCGAGGAACAUUUUCCCUACUUUAUCACCAGAAAAUUGAGCUAUCGCAUGAAGGAGGACACCGCCUCUCGUAACGUUGUGCAGUUUGCGUUCACCUCAUGGCCAUCGUCAUGUGUUGUGCCCACCUCAUCGGAGUCUCUUCUUUCGCUCGUUGGUCGAGUUCUCGAAAGACAAAGUGGGCUGCCUGAUUCAGGACCAAUUGUGUUACAUUGCAGAAACGGCUCUUCUGAGACGGGUGUCUAUUGUUGUAUUUCUUUAUUGUUAGAGCGGCUGAAAGCAGAGCAACGAAUAGACGUUUUUCAAACAGUAAAAGGUCUCCAAAACCAACGGCCUCUCAUAUUCUCAAAACUGGAACAUUAUGCGUUCUGUUACCAGGCCGUGAUCGAUUACAUCAGGUCAUCUCGAUAG